AUGGAAGAACCAAUACAUGAUUUAGUUGAUGGGUUUCGUCGACAACAAAUGUUUAUGUCAACAUCUUUAAUCAACGCCAGUCACAACUUGGGAUUGCCUGAGAGAUUAGCCGAGGCGGAAGUAGAGGAGGCUGAAGAAAGAGCUAUGAUAGCAUUUAGAAGAAAAAAUGAAGCAAAGACUCCAUUCAUAGCCACCAGUUCACGUCUUAAUGUGGGAUAUAUCGGAAGAGGAUAUGAUAUAUACAAAGGAAAUCCUAUAAGCGAAGAUGGGGAAGUUGAUCAAGGUUUUAGACUUCCAGUUAUAGAUUUGCCGUUCUCUUUUCGCUUUACUAGUGAUGGAGCGUAUAGAAUUCCGGACAAUGUGGAUGUAAUAUCCGAAACGAGUGCAACAUUUGGAUCAUCUUACCAUCAGGUUAAAACAGAAACGGAUUAUCAAAGUAUGCUGCAAGUGGAUGUAUCGGUAAAUGCAGAAGCUAAGGGUUUUGGCUUUAGUGGAAGUUUCAGCGCUAGUACUUCUUAUAAAAAGUCGGUAAAAGAAGUAACAAAAGGAGAAACUACGACAUUAGAUAUAGUGGGUAGAGCUAAUGUUUACAAAGCUAGACUGUCAACAACAGGGACAACUUCCAAGCUAAGUGACUUUUUGGAGGACAGCAUCAGAGUUUUGCCAACUGAGAAGUGUGAAGAAGAUGUGAUACAAAAUUUAUAUAUCAGAGUCAUUGAACAAUUCGGGACUCAUUACACAACAGAAGUUGUCAUGGGAGCAAAGGCAGUACAAGAAUUUAGAUUCAAAAAUACCGAUCUAGAUCGAUUUCAGUCCGUUGGUGUUACGGCUAAGGUCGCUGCCCAAAUGUCAGUUAAAAUGGGUGCCUUCUCUGGUGGAGCAGGAUUCAGUGUAGGGGUUUCUACAGAUGAAUCUCUGAGGGAAAUGGUAUCAAAUACAGAAAAGGAACAGAGGGAAUAUUACAUUGGUGGGAGUCCUCCAUCUGGAGAUUAUAGUUCAGGUUCAACAGAAACACUACGAGAAUGGGCGAGAUCGGCUGCAGAAAAUCCAGCACCAAUUCAAUAUAAGCUGGCCUCAAUUGAUGCAAUAAUUAGACCAGAGUACUUUAAGAAAAAAAUACCAGGUUUAUAUGAGAAACGUCAAUGUUUCAGAAAGGCUCUCUUCCGUUAUUGUUCAUCAACUAUAUCUACGUAUCACUGUAGUCUUCUGUCAGAAUCGGAGGGAAAUUCUGCAGCUUUACAGUAUGGUGAUUUUAUAAAAAUACGUAAUGGAGAUCGAUUCCUGGCAUUGUCACAGCAUUAUGGAAUAUCCCCUGGAUUGACAAUAAAAGCUUUAACUACAGUGUCUGAAAUAACAAAUUAUGAUGGACUCUUCCAACUAGUUCCACCUGACGGAAUAAGUGAUAAGCUGGGAUCAAAUAUCCACUAUGGAGAACCCUUCUUGCUUAAGACAAUUGAAGGAGAUAUGCUUCACAUCGGAAGAUCAAUUUUACUCAAUACAGAUAUGCCUGCUGAAACAAGACUAUUAGAUGUAUUUACAGAUCAAGAUGAAGCCAUGAAUACUAACAUCAGUUAUAGUCCAGUUGCAGAUUAUUCAAUUUUUUUGAAAAAAGAAAAAGGCGAGUAUAAUGAAAGCUAA